ACUGGGUGGGUUCAAAAUGUACAGGAGCCGCGAUGCUUCUGACAAUGAAGAUGUCGAGGCAAUAUUCACUACAACAAGAUCUGGAAAGGUUGAAACUAACUGGGGAGCAAAUAAUUUCGUGAGUAAUUUGUUUGUUUCAUUAUUUUUUAGUUAAUCAUUGGUGUUUUGAGCAUUUUUGUAUAAAAAUUGGUAUAAUGAUUUUGAGUAAUGUUUUUCUUCUUUUUUUCUAGAUCUGACCCAGAUUUUCACCAAGGGCAUAUUAAUAGUAUUAACUACGCUAAAUAUUUCAAUACAGACAAUGGAUUGCAAUUUUAUGUUUUUGGGGAGAGGGUGAUUGGUUGGGUGUGCGGAAGGGGUGUAAAAGAAACAUUUCCUUUGAGGGGGGUAUUAAAUAUUUUCUGAUGCUUUUUUUUUGGGGGGGGGGGGUUGCCAAAUUUUAUGGUAGUAUUUUGGAAUACCCCCAACCCCCAGUACACAUACUUUAUGACCGGGUCCUUAAUUGAACAGUCGUCUUGUUUAUCACCAUGCUGAAGCUCUCAUGACAAAUGAGCAGGGUGCCACAGCCAACAUCCGAAUUUGUGUUCAGCACACUGAAAUGAACAAAUUUCAAGUAGAAUGAUAUUGCCCUCGAUUAGUUAGUGUUUUUCCUUCUAUCUGCAUGACUCUAUAUUUUGGUCCUAAAACUAAUUCCAAAAUUUACAUCUUUUUGUGUUAAUUUCUAAAGUAAUAUCUCCUGUUUGGCAGUUCUUACUUCUUACUGUGUAAACGAUUCUGGCAUUUUAUUUAUCAUACUUGAAGUAUUUAAGCUACCGCUGGACAGAAACACUGAGGGCUUGUUUCUUCCUGCGAAAAACAAACAAAAUGGUGUUUUGUAAAAAUCAGUUGAUGAUGACAGAAAAGCUUGUUGGACAAGCCCCACAAGAAAAAUUGGACCAACAUCCGGAAAUGUGUUGAGGAGGUUUAGAAGAAUAUUUCUAUCAUAAAAAGAAAUUACCCCUCGAUCGGUGAGUAAACACUCAUAUUUCGACCUCUAUCUGCCUGACUAAAAGUGUCACUGAGUGAAUCCAAAUAACGGGCUUUGUGACAUUUGACACAAACAGUCUUGUAUGUGUGCUGCAAUUCUGGGUUAUAAACAAUAGAAGUUAAUAAAAAAUAGUAAUAAAUAGACAAUGUUUAAACAAAGACAAUAAAGUUAAGUUUCUUAAAGAUAUUGGUAGAGUUUUCCACAUUCUGCAUGCUCUGAUAUAAAACCUGUUUUGAAAGGUUACUGUUUUUCAAUUAGUAAUACGAAGGAGUGCUGAUGUAGAGCUAGAGCAUUGACGAAUUAAGUUUCACAUUUUUGUUGGAAUUUUCGUUCGAUCCAGGUAUUUAUGCCAGUAGGUAAUUGGAAGAAUUUUGAGCUUAGCAAGUUUUUUAGGGUAUAAAAUAUCUAAUUGAAGUGGAAGAGUUAACAAGAAAGUCGUGCUGAGACACUGAACUCAUUCCAGGGUUUGAACGUCAUAGGCGGUUUGGGGUGCCCACAGUUGGCCACAAUAACCGAGCAGGCUUCUUACUAGGGUUAGGAUACAGGGUCUUUCAUACUUUAGGGUCCCUUGCAUGAACACCCAAUCUUUUUAUGAACCCCAACAUUUUGUUGGCCUUAUUUGAGACUGCUUUGACAUCAAGGCUCCACUUGAGAUCUUUAGAGACUAUAACACCAAGAUCUUUUUUUUGUCGAUUGUUUUAAUUAAGUUGCCUUCACAUUGUAAGAGUAAUCGAUUGGUUGGGAAUUUCUUGUAAUGUGAAGAAGACCACAUUUACAGUGAUUUAAACACAUUUGCCACUCCUUGCACCAAGAGUCAAUAGCAUUUAUGUCAGAUUGCAAGACUUCCUCAGAACAUUUAAUGGGAUAGUAAUAUUUAGAGUCAUCCGCAAACAAUGCCAAUGAUGAAGAACUUGAGACACAGUCGGGGGAAAAUAAUUUACAUAAACCAAGAAAAGUAGUGGUUUGAGUAUCGAUCCCUGUGGCAGGCCAGAUAAAACACGUAAGGGAUUUGAGGUCUCACCAAGAACGGUUACCCUCUAAUAGUGACCAGAAAGAUAAUCGCAUAGUGAAGAUAAACGAUUACCAGAGAUGCCAAAACGUUUAAAAUUUCAAAAGCAGCAGUUCAUGGUUUACUUUGUCAAAUGCCUUGGAAAAGUCCAAGUACAAUGUGUCUACUUGACACUUGUUAUCUAGUUUGUUUCCAAUGUUGUGUAACACUUGCAGGAGUUGACUAGCCCUUCAAGAAACCAAACUGCAGAUGAUGUAAUUUUUCUCCAAUGUGCUCAAUAAGCCUGUUCUAGAUAUAUCUCUCAAGUACCUUGGAUACAAGUGAUAGAGGUAAACAAGGUCGGUAAUUGGUAACAGUGCUAGAAGACCCACUCUUUGGGAUUAGCGUGAUGUUGGAGAGUUUCCAUUCUUUUGGCAACUUAACAACACACAAUGUUUUAAGAAAAGGUCAGCAAGAGACGAGCAAAUACUGCAAGCACAGUGUCUGAAAAGUGUGGCUGGAAUUCUGUCAGGUCCUGUUGCUUUAUUCUGAUCUGGUGUGCAGAGACAUUCGUAAACUUCCUCAGGCGUAAUAACCGAUAUCCGGAAGUUUGUCAAUUGUAUUAUGGUUUUCUUGAUCAAGGUGACGAUGUGAAUUGUGGCAUUUGGCAGUGUUAAGGACUGAGAAAAAGGAACAGUUGAAUACAUUUGCAAUACCUGUAGGGUUGUCAGCAGCAAUAUGCAUUGUAGGAUCUUUAGACCAAGAAACUUAAAAACAGACCAAAACUUUUUGCUACUUGUUUUCAAGAGAUCAGGCAAAUUUAGAAAGAAUUUUUUUAUGUUUGUCAUGCAACAAUGAUUUGACUUGAAGCCUUAGAGUUCGAAACUUUUCAGGCGUUGUUUCCACACAAUUUCUCGUUUUCCCAAUUUCCACUUAUAGUGUCGACUUUGUAGUUACAAGUACACAUUUAGAGAAAUAAAAGAAUAUAAUAUUGGCGACGAGACAUUGAACCUAUGGCAGCUUUGCAACUUCCCACUCUAGCACCCUUCUCCAUGUUAUCUGACAGUGCUACGCUCAGUCGACAUUGGACAAAAUGGGUUAAAAGUUUCAAAUAUUUUCUGGUUGCUUCGAACGUGACAGACAAGAAACGACAACAGGCAUUAUUGUUGCAUUUAGCUGAACCAGAAGUACAAGAAUUUUUCGAAACACUAAGUGGACACAGGAGAUGUCUAAGUCACUGCCCUCGAAAAGUUGGAUGCCUACUUCAAACCACAACAGAAUAUCCCGUUUGAAGCCAUAUGUUUAGACAAGCCACCCAAGACCCCUUGGAAACGAUGGAUACAUACACUGCUAGACUCAAACGGUAGUACAAACCUGAAAUUAUGGUACCUACAACGAAAUGAUUUGCGAUCAAGUCCUAGAGAAAUGUUAUUCGUUGGUCACUUCGUGAAGAAACCCUUACCCUCGAUGUUAUUUUAUGCAUUGCUAGAGCCCUCGAAGCAUCUGAUCACCAAGCACAGCAAAUCGAAGGCACCAACAAUUCUGAGAGCGAUGCUGAGAUGAUGUUAUUUAACCUCGAUCAAAUACCAGUAGAGAAUUCAUUCAGAGCGUCCUGCAGCUAGCCGACAGCAUCAAGACUCGCCGUCAGACAAUCGACUUCUCAAACAAGCUUGUUAUUAAUUUUUUCUGUGUUGGUGUAGUGUACUCAGGUGAAUAUGAUAUUUGUGGUGUUACUCUGAGUGCAUAUCCACACCGGGCGAGCCUGAAAAAUAUGCCCGGCCACGGUGGGAUUUGAACCUACGACCUUUGGAAUACUAGCCCAAUGCUCUUCCAACUGAGCUAUGCGGUCAGGACGGUUCGAGUAAGUGAUAUUUCAAAGGUCGUAUGUUUGAAUUUCCAAAGGUCGUAGGUUUGAAUCCCACCGUGGCUGGGCAUAUUUUUCAGGCUCGCCCGGUGUGGAUAUGCACUCAGAGUAACACCACAAAUAUCAUAUUCACCUGAGUACACUACACCAACACAGAAAAAAUUCAUAUUACUAGAAUACAUUGGUAUUGAAGGAACUAGAUUCUGUUCUGAAAUAUCACUUGGGGUAACACAUAUUCCACCACACUUAAACCACUUAUUAUACUUCAAAAGAAAGCCAUGUGUGUUAUCACCUUUUCUCGCUUUGAUGAACACUCAAGUCCUCUUUUUAAGCGCCUCCAAAUCUUAAAGUUCACCCAUCUCAUUACAUUACGUAUGACCAUGUUUAUGUACAAAUAUCAUCGACAACUCUUGCCCUCGAGUUUACAUGAUCUCUUUACUCCUGUCUAUCAAAUACAUUCAUAUAAUACUAGACUUUCAUCAAAUCUUUGUUUUUCUUUGCCGAAAAUAAGAACAAAUUUUGGAUUAUUUAAUAUUAGAUAUCAGGGAGUGAAAGCAUGGAAUGUGCUGAGUGAAGCUGAUAAACAGAUGACAUUUUUACAACUUAAGAGAUAAAUUAAAGCUGCUUUUAUUAAUCAGUAUUAAUUUUUUCUUUAUUCCUAAAAAUGAUUGUCUUUUCUUUACAUUUCUCAUUUUUCUUUAUGCUUUAAAAAAUCGUAAUUAUUGUAAGAUCAAUCUUACAAUUAUUGAUUAAUUGUGCUACUUGGCCCCCAGUCUUUUAGCCUUAUGGUUAUUUUGGGGUGUCAGCUCCUUUAUUUUAAUUAAAUAAAUAAGUAACAUUAAUAGUAAAAAAGGAAUAAUGUAAAACAAAAAAUGUAAUUGUGUGAUUAUUACGGAGCAAUAAAUUGUCUUGUCUUGUCUUACUCGAACCGUCCUGACCGCGUAGCUCAGUUGGAAGAGCAUUGGGCUAGUAUUCCAAAGGUCGUAGGUUCGAAUCCCACCGUGGCCGGGCAUAUUUUUCAGGCUCGCCAAGCUUGUUAUUGUUGUGGUCGUGACAGUCAUCGAGCAAAAGAUGCUUUGUGUCCAGCCAAUAACAAAGCAUGCAAUAAGUGUGGAAAACUUGGACAUUUUGGUCGUGUUUGUAAGAGCUCCAGGCAUCCAGAACAACCCGAAAGAGUUCUCCACAUUAAGCAGCGAGAGAACAACAACUUUUCUGACGAUGACGAAUAUGUAUUUACAUUGAAUGGCCCAAAGAACAGCGAGCAACAGACCAGUGUCACGAUCACUGUGUAUGGCACAGAUAUUCCAGUGAUAAUUGACUCGGGAGCCA